AUGACAGAACAGCAGAAGAAGCAGAAUUCAGAAAUUGGCUGGUGGGAAUGGUUGGGAUGGAAAGGAUCUCCUCCAUCUGCCACCACGUCAACGCCAAUUGCAAUAGAACACCUCGCUGAACCGACGCCUUCACCAGAAGCCGUUCCGACGACAAGUGUAGCUGCAAUUGUGGCGCCAAAAGUCGUGGAUUCGGUGGAAGUCGUGCCAAAAACUGGAUGGGAUAGGGUUAUGGCGAUUUAUGAGAGGGAGAAUGCAAUGGAGAAAGACGCUACUAUCAGGGUCGUCCGAAUGUCGUUCCUGGGUGGAUUUCUAGUGGGCGGAGCCACGGGAUACGCUCAAGCCCGUCACGCCUACGAAACCAACAACGUCGGUAGGAAAUAUUUGAGUCCCAGCGAUGCGGUAAAACGAAAAAUCGAUUAUGCGAUUGUGAGAUUUGCGAAAGGAGGAUUUGGAACGGGAUUCAAGUGUGCACUCAUAACUGGAUCCAUUGUAUUCCUGACGACCCAUGUGACGGCCUACAGAGACAAAUUUUCGUCAUGGUACUUCCCGGCGAUUUCAGGUUUCUCCUUUAGAUUAACACUAUCCGCUGUCGUCCAUCUUUACGCAAUGGCUAUUGAUAAACCGGUGAAUGAUGCAUAUCGAUUGUUCAAACGGGAUUACGAGAAGGAGCUGAAGGCGUCGGCAGAAUGGGACUCUCGGGUGACGGAGCUGAUGCAACGGGAGCAAAUUGUGUGGAGACAGCAGGCUGUCAAAAAGCUGAAACAGAUUGAUCAGGAGAAAAUGGCGGUUUUCGAUGACUAG